UCGUGAAAUUUAGCGGCAUGAUCAAGCGUGUUCUCUGAUUGGUCAUUUGCUGAGCGUUCUCGAGAUCGUUCAAGCUGCGAUCGUGUUCACUCAGCCGCUUGCGCUUACCGAUGGGACACGCCCACUUCUCUCGGCAGUGGGUUUUGCACAUUUCCAACCUUAUUGAUUGUUUGUUGACAACUUUUCCGGCUGGAAAUUGAUCAAAAUAAUAGACAUAAAAAAUGGAAUCUGAAGAAGCAAAUCAAGAAAUGUUUGAUAAUGAACUCGACUUUGAAGAAGAAGCAAAAGAAGAAAAGGGCGAUGCUUCUGAAGAAGAGGAUGUUUUCAGUGAUGUUGAGACUAGUCAGAUUCUUUUAGAGUGUGAGGAGGCGAAAAUCGAAUCCGCAGAAGGUUGCGAUGAUGGGGAGGAAGUUCAUUGCGAUAUAGAUAAGAAGGAUGAAGUCUUUCAAGAUGACACUGAACAAGUGAGCAGCAAAAGUGGAAGUGACGGAGAGAUAUCUGAUACUGAUGAUGAUAAAUGCGAAAAGCCUAAGGGAAAACCUGAGGGAAAGGUAGGCGAUGAUAGAGAGGAGGGCGAGUGCUCAGACGGAGAUGACCACGUUGAAAUACCAUCAAAUCGACCCAGAGUACCAUGCAGGUUUUUUAAUCGAGGUUUCUGCAACUGGGGAAUGAACUGCAAGUUUAUCCACGCAGGGUUCAAUGACAAGGGCAACUAUCGCAUGUUUGAACCAAUGAAGCAUCCUGCAGCUAUGUACAACAAUGAAAACAUUCAUCCCAUGAGAAUGAUGAGGCCACCAGCUCCAAUUGCACCAAGGCCAGAGCCUGUAGAGACGAAGCAAGAGACUGCCUGGGAAAGAGGGCUUAGACACGCCAAAGAAAUGAUGAAACAAGCACAGCAAAGAAAGGAGACUGAUAUUGAUUUUGAGGACAAAAAGAUGAACCUAAGCUUGGGCGAAGACGACAUUUUGAAAGAAGAUGUUUUGUACACCAGACCAGCAAGUCCACUGUUUUCAAGGAGUGAUGGUGAAGAUGAAGAAAACUUCCCAGUCCCUAGAAUGAACAUUAAUAUGAUUAUGGAACGACCCCCAAUGCAGAGAAGAAUGCCAUAUCAAGGUGCAAGAAAUUUUAAUGGCAGGGGUGGCGGCGGAGGUGGUCAACACUUUAGAAAUGAUUUCAACAAUCAAGGAUUCAAAGGCAGAGGGCGAGGUGUAGAACACUAUGAAGAGAGGAAAAGGAAUGCACCAGGUCCUGGUAGAGGGGACGAAUGGUCAGACCCUUGGAUGAGGAAACGCUCACCAAAUAGAAGGAGGAAAGUAUCAUACUCAUCUGGUUCUUCAUAUUCCUCUUCAAGUCGGAGCAGGAGUAGAAGUUAUAGUAGUAGCAGUGGUUCUUCACGUAGCUCGUACUCUUCUUACUCCAGCAGGAGUCGAAGCAGACGUAGGUCUCGCUCCAGGUCUCGUUCUCGUCCUAGGCUGAGUCCAAUCGCACGCAAGGAGGAGCUCUACGGCAAAGGAAUGAUGAACAAGCCAUCUUCUGCAAAUGUUAGGCCUCCAGCACGCGUGCCCGCGAAGGGACAAGCGGUGAAGCCACCAGUUGUUGCUCAAGCUCCCAAGGAAGAGCCUCUUCAAAAAGAGCCUAAAAAGCUUUUGGACUAUAACCCGUCUUUCCAAAACCCGCCAGCGCCAGAGAAAUCGGACACUAUUCAACUCUCUGCUGAAAGUGGCAAAGAGAAUAAGAAGAUGACGAUUUCGCCAUUUGGAAUUCAACAAGCCGCCCCCAAAACUCUUCCUGGAAACAUGCUGAAAGAAGCUAAGAAAACCAAAAAGGCAACGAAAAAAUCUAAAAAAAUAAAGAAAAAGAAGGAAUCAGAUAGCGAGUCGGAUAGUAGUUCAUCUAGUUCUGCUUCUUCGUCUUCCUCCAGCUCUUCCUCUUCUAGUGAUAGUGAAGAAGAAGCAAGGAAGAAAUUAAAAGCGAAGCGCAAAAUUGUCAUGGACGGACGAGAGGCUCUAGCUAACAUAGUGAAAAUAUCAGCAAUGGACGCCUUGCGAAUGUCAGGACAGAAGCAGCAAAUAAAACUUAAAUUAAAACCCUCUGAUGGAUCGGCGCCUUCAAGCGAGCCGCUAGUUCCAAUGCAAAUGCCAUUUGAGCCAGUGCCACUAGCCAGGAAGAGAUCAACAGAAACAUCAGAAAACGAAGCUCCCAAGGCUAAAAAACCGACUAGCUCGAGACGCGAGGAACUGCUUAAUCAACUCAAAGCCAUCGAAGAUGCGAUCAAGAAAAAGAGAUCAAAGCUGCAUUAGCCUAAGACUCUUUUUUAAAAUUGUACAAAUUACCAAUUUUUCUUAAUGUAAGUGUGUAUGCGAGCCAUUGGAAUGGUCUCUGAUGCAGAGAUACCAUUUCCUCCACUAUUGGGACAAAAAUCUUGUAUGUGCCUCUUGUUCCAAAUCUUGUAGGACAUGGAAAUUAAUAAAUUUUCAUGCAAUGGACUUAUUAUGUAAUUAAAAAAGCGUUUGAUUUUUUACACAG